AUGGUUAGAGUAAACCCAACGGCGGCCGCGGAUGAGGCGGAACUGAACCGUAAGCUACGGCACGCGUGUCCGCGCAUUAAGCGAUGGAAAUCACGGUUAGACGAGGCGGACGGCGAUGUGCACCGAAUGCGCGAACAGGCCAUCAAUAAGUCGCCCGUUUAUGUGGCCGUUCAGAGGGGCAGCAAAAACAUACAGAUCAGGACUCGCACUAAGACCAAGUGGUGGCGCAAAUGGAUCCAAGAGGGUAAAAAGUACGGAUUCGAUGACUCAUUCGCGACACCCAUUCAUAUCACUUCCGUAACGCAUAAAUACCAGAAACAGGUGUCGUUUACGAAGCACUCGCCGCACACGUCUCCGCGCCGAUCGCUGCCGGUGUCGCCCAUCAAGACUGGCAUACAUUCGCCGAUCAAAGUGUCUGUCCUGAAGGCGGAACAGUACAUGCGAUCGCCGAAGAAGGAGCGCAUCCAACGAAACGUACCGUUGCUUACACUCACACCCGUCCCACUCAAUCAGGUGCUUAAGAAAAAGGCAAAAAUGGUCGGUCACGUGGCGGGUAUUGGCAAAGGCCGGUGGGUUCAACAGGACAGUGAGAUGCUGGCCGUGCCCGGCAAAGAGGUGUUUCAAUAUGACAGCGAAACCGGCGGUUCAGAGACUGAAGACGAGACUAUGAGACGGGAGAGAAGGGGUGGAGAAAUACUCACAAAACUUAUUACACCCCCGAGUCCAACCGAUACAAUACAUCGUUUGGCUUCAGCGAAACGACGCGAAACGCCUCCCUCUCCAAAGUCACCGAAGAGAUCGUCGCCGAAGAAGAUCAUAGAAGUGAGCGAAGAGGAGUCCGAAGACGAGUCCCAUCUCUCGCCGUCGAGCAAAAGGAUCCGCUCGAAGAUUAGGGCCGCCGGACAGACAUCACUCCUCUUCUCGCCCAAUAGGAAGUCGUCGCCUAAACACGAGGUCUUAGUCGAAGAGAGCGAAGAGGACAGGACUGAAGACGAAGAAACUGCAUAUUUGAGAGCAAAAAGCGCUGCCAUUAAGAAAAUCCGAGCGACCGGUGCUGUGAGGGCCGCACUCUCUCCCCACAAAAGUCCGCAUAAAUCGCCGCAAAUAAGUCCAGACAAGUCACCGGAUAAGAGUCCGGACAAGAAGUCACAAAAAUCAGGAAAA